AUGACAGGUGAGGAAGGCGACGUUCAUGGAAUAGAGAAUGAAGUUGUAGAGGCUGAUGGCGCUAGGGGAGUAAACAAUAAUGCCCUUCACAGCUUGGGCGACAGCUUAGUGGUUAGCAACACCACUGGCGUGACUGAGGAACUAGGAAACGCCCGAAGCUUGCCCAAAGGAGCUGUUACAAGAGAUCCUAGCAGGGCCCUUCGUGCUCUUGGAGUGGGUUCAAACAACAUCGGCUGGUUAUCGAAUUGCUAG